AUGGCCGACAACGUCCAACUCUCCUCCAAGCCCUCCUCCUUCCAAGCCGUCUUCGCCCUCGACCUCAUCACCUCCGCCAUCGCCCUAGCCUUCCUUGCGCUGGCAACAAAGCCGACCUUCGUCCGCAUCAAACGACGCCGCUUCUCCACCCCUGGACGCGAUCGCGGCGCACCUCUCAAGACCACACUAGGCACAUACCUCUUCCUCUACCCGGGCCUAUUCUGCUUCUUCCUCGCCUACACCCUCACCUGGGUGGCAGACUUGCUGAAGAGCAGCGGCAGCAUCAACUACAAUGGCGAGAUGCAGCUGCAUGGGCGUUUUCCGGUGAGCAAUACCAGCUUCCAGCGCAGCAGUGCGAUACUGUCGUGGACCGUCGCGCUCGCGUCGAUCUUCUUCACCGCGCUCAUCAACGGCGGCGUGUGGAUCUACUCCUCACACCUGCUGGCGAACGGCACGUUCAAGAAGUCGCCUUCGACGAUAUCGAGGAUCUGGAAUACGUUCAUCAUAUCUGCCAUCCUCGCCACAGGUUUAGCAGCUUGGGGAUUGGGCAUGAGCCAUCGAAGCAGCGGCACAACAUGGUCUGAUGCCGUGUAUGACAACAGCACUACGCGGGCGCUGUUUGUGGCGUACAGAGCCGUGGUCAUUGGUGCGUCCUUGAGCGUGUCGUUCGAGACGUUGUGGAAUUACUUCGACGUCAACUCCAACAGCAGCAAAGAUUCCUCCGAGCGCCCCCACCUCGCCCGCUUCACCUUCGUCGUCGUGCCCAUGAUCUGGCUCCGAAACGCCUUCAUCAUCUACGACAUCGUGCUGAUAUACCUCGACUCGGCUGGCUGGUCAACCACUACAAAGCUCGCGAGUCGGUUUCUGCUCAUCAUUUUUGGGCAGUUUGUCAAUCUGACGAUCUUGGGGAUGAUUUUGUGGGGAGCCUGGAAGACGGGGAGGACUGUAAGGAUCUUUGAGCAGGGAAAGACCUGA